AUGAACAAAGGAGGAACAGACGAGAAGCGCCAGAGAGUGGAAGAGAGAGAUAGAGCGAGUGAAAGAGAAAUCGCGAGAACUUUGGCGUUGGGAAAAGAAGCGCUUCUCGACUCCGACUCAGACGAGAAGCGCCACAGAGUGGAAGAGAGAGAGAGAGUGAAAGAGAAAUUGCGAGAACUUUGGCGUAAGAAGAGAAUCAGAGAUCAAGAUCCUUCCAUGGAAGCCGCUCAAGGUUUUUGGGGAGAGAGUGAGAGAGAAUCAGGUUGA